AUGAGUAUUUUAAGUUGGAACUGUCAGGGGUUUGGGAACCAACGUGCAGUCGAUGUUCUCUCUCAUCUUAUGAAGGAAACAACUCCCAAGAUUUUGUUUCUAAUAGAGACAAAACAGUCAGUGGAUGAAAUGCGACAGAUACAAUCUGACUUACCAUACCGUUGCAUGCUUGUUGUAUCGAGUGUCCGCCGGAGCGAUGGACUAGCAUUACUGUGGAAGGAAGAAGUGGAUUUGCAUAUCCAAACAUACUCACCACACCACAUUGAUGCUCUUAUCCACAAUGGUAAUGACCCCACAUGGAGACUAACUAGAUUCUAUGGCUGGCCAGAGGAGCAAAAUAAACAUGAAUCUUGGCGGCUUUUGAAACACCUUUACUCUAGGCUUCCAGACCCGUGGUUAUGUUGUGGAGACUUUAAUGAGAUCCUACACUUAGGGGAGAAACAAGGAAGUCGUCUGAAGUCACUUCAACCGAUGCAAGAGUUUCAGAGUACCUUGUUAUGUUGUGGCCUAGUUGACUUGGGGUUCCAAGGGAACCAAUACAAUUGGAACAAUGGUUGCCCUAGAGAUGCUUUCAUGCAGGAACGUUUGGAUACGGCAUGCGCAUCAGCUGAAUGGCGAGAGCUUUUCCCUCAUGUCAAGGUGUCUCAUCUCCAAGCAUCUUAUUCUGACCAUAUACCAAUCCUAAUCAACAUCACAGGCCUAGACCAACGGGGUAGGAGGAAGAAAAUACCUCGACGUUUUGAGGAGAAAUGGGCAUCACAUGCUGAAUGCGAAAAUGUCAUUCGUCAGGCUUGA